AUGUCUUUUGCGAUUAUGGGGAACAUGCGAGACUCGCGACUUCUAACUUACCGCACAACGCGGGCCGUGAAGUGCCUGUACUUUGAUGGCAUGUCCGCUUCGUUAAUGGGAAGUGGUACAGAGUCACAGAUGACCUUUUUGUACGGAGCUAGCGACAAAGUGCCAUCAAGACCAUUCCCAGGGCCGCCAGGCCAUGGAAGACGACCUCAUGGGCCACCACCGCCACCAGGUGAUGCGAGUCCAGGGAAUCAAAUGCCAUCACUAAGUCAGUUGCAAGCUGAGGAUGACGAUGAAAGACCCCGUUGGAAUCCGCUUGAAGAUGAGUAUUUCAGAGCUCGAGGCCUCUGUAAUUGGAUCAAAGACCGUGGUCUCGGAGGACUAGGCUGGGGCUUCGAAGGCAUUGUGAGAAUGAACGCAGGCUUCGAGAUGAUAUGGUGCGACUUCAAUUCGACCUCGCUAAAGCUGGUAUCAAAUUUGAACAUCUCUGCGCCACUGCUGAACAGCACACGUGGAAAGACGUCAACUCGGAAAGGUGGACUCUUACAGGCUCAGGUUCCCAUGCUUGAUGUACACACAAGCGUGCAAGCGGCGGACGAAGGACCCCACGGUCCUGGUAUGACGGACCCUCGCGAGCCGUUCCGCAGUUCGGCAACGUACAUGUGGUUUGCGUCAAGUGCCAAGCGCUACGGUUCAUACGGGAACGUGGACGUGGGCGGCGGCGAGACCCGAGUUAGGAUUGAUGCCUGCGGCAUGUUCACCUUCUACGAUCCGAAGCUGACGGGCCAGUUCGCCGCCAGACUGGAGCAAGAGCGCGACGCGCUGAACGUCUCCGUGGAUGGGCGCUGGCUGGGCCCGCGGAGUUCCGGAGACAGUAAGGCGACGGCACUGGAAGAGCUCAUGAGACGAAGACACUCGCACCGCGCAAACCACGUCGAGGAAGCAGACGGCGCCGUCAUGUACGAGCUCGUCGACGAAGGUCUGCGCAACGUCCUCGGCAAAACCAAUUGCAGCACGACCUCUUGGCACGCCAUCGCGAACGAGGUUGUCGCCUUCUACGCCAGGCUCAUAAAGGACCUCCACAGAUCCAUGCUGUCCCUCGCGGAGAACUGCAGCCCCAGCUAUGAGACCUUUCGGCGUCAGCUUCGGCAGCUACGUUCUCUGACGCAUUGGGCCAUGCUGCCUUACUACGAGUAUCCGCCUGGACCGCACACGCCGGAGUCCAUACCCCAUGCGUUUUCGAUGCACUCUCCCGCGGCGCGAGAAGGAAUCGAUCGCUGCUCCACACAGUACGCGAUCGACGACGUCGACGCCUUGAGUCAGGGCGAACGGCUGCUCUCAUGGGCGGUCGACGCAACGCUGACGGGCAUAUGUUCCUACAUGUUCAAGAUAGGACUCGGCGUGGAGCGAGAAUGGCUGCUACGCUUCAACAGCGAGGACGGAGAGGCAAACCUGCCCGCAAGAACCUCAGCCCAUGACGUGACAGAGCUAUCGAAGGCUUGGCUCGGCGAGCUUGACGAACUCAUGGCUUGGCUUGGCUGGGUGGAUCAGUGGACGGGAUGCGAGAAAGGAUGUGCUGCAGAUGAGUUCUGCUACAUUCCAAUGUGGCCUGUCGGCGGUUUUGGCUGGGGGCAAAACCAUGAAGCUCUCCUUUGGCACCCUACUUGCGUAAACGGCUCCCAUUACCCGCCAUGA